CUUUCCCACAUGGUGCAACCUCAAUGCAUCCUUCUGUGUGACUGUCUUCUUGACACCUCCACUCCAGUGGCUCUCCCACGCGCAAAAUCAUGGUCAUGAAGCAGUGUACCAUCUGCGACCGGCAAUUCAAGAAGACAGAGCAUUUCAAGCGCCAUGAACGGUCGCACACGAAAGAGAAGCCGUACCAGUGCAGUGUCUGUCUGAAGCGCUUCUCGCGGAGUGAUGUCCUAAGUCGCCAUGCCAAAGGCCACAAGAACCCCCGCACCGAGGCGACGGGCGAUGCGCAGAAUCUCCAGACCGUCACGCCGGCCGCCGCAUCGCAUGAUGAUCGCACGUCGAGCGUGUCGAAUGGGACUCAUCAGCAGUCCUUACCGGAGAUGAGCCCCAACAAUAUCCAACACAUGCAGCACCUCCCGACAGCCCGCGGCAUGUCGCUAUCGGCGACAGCGGGUAUUCCGUCCUCUUCGCUGGAUUUUCUGGCCAAUAUAAGCACCCAUCAGCCUCGCACGGAACCAGAGGCCAAUCAGAUGAUGACCGAUGGGCAACAGCAGUACUUCGGAUGGAACGAUAUGUCUGGUUCUGAUCAGCAAUGCUAUCGAGGAACUAUCCUCGAUCCGAUGCAGAAUGACUUGCUGCAAUUUUGGCUGGAACCCCGCGGUGACUCGCUCUCACACCACGGUUCAUUAGACAUGAUGUUGGACCCGAUGACUAGCCUGUCAGCCGAAGAUUCCGUGGCAACACCCCAGCAGCAUCAACAGCAGCAAUCAUCCGCCGACAGCGAGAAUUCGAAAACGGGGGUGGUGAUUCCAAAUGAGCGAUUCUCCCGCGUGCAACGCUAUUGGCUUGCUCCCUCGAAUAACACCGGUCGCCUCAUGAACAGCCUGUGGCGCGAUGUCGCCGGCAAUGACUUGCAUAAUAUAUUCAACCUACCAGCAGCACCAGUACCCAGUGGGCCAGCUGGUCUUCCGCAGGGGUCCCGGUAUGGUCUUGACGAAGCGUGUCGGCAACGUCUAUACAUGGCUUUUGGGCAACCGGAACAGUCGCAGCCACAUACGCUGUCUGGGGCCAAUCCGCUUCCCCCUAUGGCUUCCGGUUCGCUUCUCAAGAAUCACAACUUCCCUCCGGCUGAGGUCCUCGAUAUGGCGCUUGAUCUUUACUUUCGCGAAUUUCACCCAUUGGUGCCAUUCAUACAUGUCCCCAGUUUUUCCGCCAGCAAUAUCCGCCCUUCGGUACUGUAUUCCAUGUGUCUUAUCGGAAUGGUUUUGUUGGGGACGAGAGGGACGAUGGAGUUUGUUUGCAAGAAUUUCUCAUUGAUGCUCGAGCGCCUAACGGUUGACCUGGCUAAAUGCUCCGUGGGGGUGGAGAAUUCGGUCUGCACGGUCUCUACCUUUGCUGCCUGUUUCAUCUUCCUUAACCUGGCUGCUAUGACUGGGGAAAAGGAACACCUCGCAAAAUGCCAAAUGCUCUAUGUCAAUCUCAUAUCCAUUGCGCAAAGACAUGGUUUAUUCGCAGCCACGGAAGGGCAACUGCUUGAUAUGAAUCUUUUCGACACCUUCAGCGAUGUAGAGACCCGAUGGAAGGCGUGGAGCAAGGUAGAAUCUGUCAAAAGAUUAAUCACCGGUCUAUUGCUCUUGGAUUCGUGGUACUCAUCAUUCAUGUCGACGAGUCCUAUCAUCGCGCCCGACUCGGUCCAAUUAAUACUGCCGUGCGACGACGCACUCUUCCGAGCCAUUACUGCUAUGCGGUGGAUGCAGCUGAUCUGCAGCGGCAAAUGCAUGCUCAUGCCUACGAUAGUGGCACCGUCCGAAAAUGUCGGCUUACCCGAACUAGAAACCCCGGUGGACGACUUCUGUAUGCAUGCAGUGCUCUCACUGGUGCAGUUGCGGUUAUCAGAAGCUUACUACCGCCUGCUUUCAAACCGAGCGCAGUUUCCCUAUGCGCCGUGCCACACUUAUAGUAUGGACGCUCGUGCUAGGUGCCUUGCGGCCCUUCAGCUGCAGAUUGCCGGCAAAUAUGGAGACAUACUCGGCCGGUUGAAUCCCAAUGCGGCUGUGACGUGGCAUAAUAUGUGCUUGACGCUGUCGGCGGACACCCAGAUCUUUGAUUUGGCGGCGGGACGAUCAGGUCCAGCCCCUGCCCGGAAAGCCUUGGAUGACAUUGCCGCAUGGUCUCAGACACCAGCCGCCAGACGAGCCUGUCUGCACGCGGCCCACAUCUACAAGGUGUUGACUAACCGCAAGACCUCGGAUCAUAUGAUGUUCCACUCGGUCUUUUCCCUCUUCUCCGCAGCGCUAGUCCUGGGACUCUAUGUUUUCAUGGUGCCUAAUAUUCCGGAUCCGCAGGGAGGGGGCACUGCGAUUGAGCUAUUCGAUGACAUCGACUGGCAGAAGGUGGGCACGGAGGGGUUUACCAACUUCAUGGUGCCGCAGGGGAACCAGCAUUUCCCGCCGUCAGAAGAGCCUGCUGUGAAUUUUAUCCGCAAUGGGGGCACAGUGUUCCUACGCGGGAUACCCAUCCAAGGCGGAUACCAACCCGCACGACGCGUUUUGCUGGACUAUGCUGGAUUGUUACGAGACGCUGGCAAAUGGAGCGUGCGCAAGUUCUCAUAUGUGCUUCACAUCAUGAGUGAUGUAUUGAUGGACGUGGAAUGAAGCAUCGACUAGACUGCAUCUUACCCGGGCGACUUGACUAUGUCAUCAAACAAGCUCGAGAGGACGCACCGGCGCAUAGUGGUGGCACUGAUCAGCUGGCUGAACAGGUUUCCACUGGCUUUAUUGC